AUGGCCAAAUUCAUUGUUCUCCUCGUCGCCACCAUCGCUCUGACGCAAGCGCGUUUGGUGCGUCGCGAUGCUGAAGUCUCCACGCCUCUGCAAGACCUGCAAAAACACGCCGAAGAGUUCCAAAAAGUAUUCGCCGAUUCGUUACAAAGCAUAUCCACCUCCAAAAACACACAGGAUGUUCAAAAGGCGUUCAAAGAUGGUUCAGACUCGUUGCUUCAACAGCUGUCAGCUUUGACCGCCAGUCUGCAAAGCGCUAUGGCUGACGCUAAUGGCAAGGUUAAAGAGGCUUUGGAGCAAGCGAAGAACAACGUGCAGCGCUCGGCUGAUGAGUUGCGUCGCGCUCACCCUGACAUCGAGAAGCAAGCGGCAGCCUUGAGUGAGAAAGUCCAGGCCGCUGUCCAGAACACAAUCCAGGAGACACAAAAACUGGCGAAGGAAGUAGCGUCGAACAUUGAACAAACAAACGCGAAGCUCGCGCCAAAGAUCAAGGCAGCUUACGACGACUUCGUGAAACAGGCUGAGCAGGUCCAGAAGAACGUACACGAAGCCGCCAAUAAGCAAUAG